GGCAAUUUUUCAUUAAAUUUUGUUACCGUUUGGAAACUCUAUACAUGUGCGAGUGGCGUUUUUCUUUUAGAACAAUAAAAUUUUUAUUUUUGUGUUAAUUAUUAUAGAAAAAAAUAAUAAUCUGAAAAUUGUAUAAAAAUGAAAUUUCAAUAUUGAAAUGAUAUCAAUAUUGAUGCGUAAAUUCGCGAUAAAUUUUUUUCGAUAUAUAUAUGUGUUUUGUUUUUCCAUUGUGGCAAUCUGCACUCAUAAAGAAAAAUUUAUUAACUGGUCUCGCAAGGGAGAGAAUAUAUAGAAAGAUACGAAGAGAAAUAUAUAUAUAUAUAUAUAGAUAUAUGUGUGUAUAACUUGUCAACCAACCAAAUAGAUCACCACGUAAACGUAAACAAGACCUGUGAUGUCGUUACCAACGGGAAACGAUGGUAAGCCUGGAGGGGAAGACUAUUACGCUGGAAAUAAUACUAAACCAUUGCAAACUUGUCAUCAACCGCAGACAGCGCCGGCCUUAUUGCAAUGGUCUAACCAUUUAAUGGGCGGCCACCAUACAUUUUUGCAGCAACAUCAACAGCAUCUAUACAAUAUGCAAGCUCAGGCUGCAUACGCAGCGGCACCAUCAGCCGGGGGACAACAAGAGACAUACUCAGUGUUACGUAUGGGUAAUGGAAAUUUUUUGAAAAUUUAUCAUUGCCCAGAAAAUACCAUCGGGCCUAUGUCGGUGGAGGCGCCUUUUACUUUGUCUGCAAACUCCUAUAAUCAACACCAACCACAUUUGCAAACAACUUAUCAACAUCACUUUCCUCAGCAACCAUCACAACAACAGCAGCAGCACACUGUGGCUUCGACUACAACAGGAGCACCGCAAAUGUUUAAUAGCUAUGAGCUGUUCUCCAGUAACACACUUACUCAAUUGCCUACGCCAGAAGUAACACCUCUUUUAGUGCUAGGAACCAGUGCUAAUGAUAAUAAUCAAAAUAGCAAUAAAAAUCCUGCUCAAACUAAGGUCAACAUGACGAUAAAUAAUGGAAAUUCAGUGUCUGAAGCAACAAGUAAUGCCAAUGCUGCUACAAUGAUUAUAAAUAAUUUAGUGAGCAAUUGGUCACCAAAUCUUACGGGUGGCGUAUAUACUCAGUUUGGAUCGCAAGCAAAUCAACAUCAGGAUGAAAUAGUUUUGCAUUCAAAACAACAACAACAACAACAAGCGACUUUACAACAAUCGAUACCUUUAAAGGAUGAGAAUGAUGAUAAGUAUAUUACUGCCACAAGCUUAAAUCAAUUUGAGGAGGACGCUGAAAACGAAUCAAAUUCCGAAGUCGUGCCGUCGCAAACAAUGCCAAUGCCAAUGCCGCCACAACAUACUGACCAGAUAUUUAGUAAAGAUGGUAUAGCUACUAAUAGUGCUAAUGCUCCCAUUGCCAUCCCUUCUGACCUCGCAGCGAAUUCAACAAAUCAAGCAAAUUGUUUAUUGAAAGAAGAAACACUGCAUGCACCAAAAAAACGUAUUGUGGCUGAGGUGAAACCCAUGCGUAUGACAUAUUCGGAUGUCCUAAGUAAAUUGAACAAUCAACAAGAGCAUAAGCAAAGUACAUCUCUUCAAAAUCAAUCUAAUAUACAAAAUAACAGAGGCAAUCAAAAAACAAAUAAUGUAAAUGCAAAUACAACAUCACUCAUUAGUAACGCCAAUGGCUUAAAUAAUCGUCGCAGCCUUGAUGAGAUUACACUUCAGAUGCGCUCAAUUAAAAAGUCUCCUGUACAUGAGAAUAAAGAGAACGUGCAAAAUACUUCAACUCAACCCAUUGCUAAUAACAAGACCGUUGUUAAUAAACGCUCAUCGGUAAUGAUUAAUAACAAUAGCAAUAACGGCAACAAUACCACAUCCCAAAAACAGCAACAGACACAAAAAAUACAAAAUAAUAAGACAGCAAACGCCAACACUGACAUAUCCGCUAGGAAACGUCCCACCAACGUUAAAAGAUUCAAUGAUACCGAUUUGGAAACUAACUAUAAUGGAGUGAAAAUCCAUGAACCACGGAAAUCUUCAAAAAGCAUAAGCCCAUCGACCGCAUCCAACAAUUCAUCGACGGCCAGCAACGCGAAUCCCAUGUAUGGUCGAAAAGCAACAAAAUCUUUUAAUUUGAUCAGUAAUUCAUAUCAAACUAAUAUUACAAAUCAACAGCAACGUUCACGAUUUCAAAGUCAUUCAAAUGCCUCGUAUUCGUACUCAUCAACUAAACGUGGACGCAAUAACAGUAGCAAUUUUGUGCCAUCAAAUGGUAACAGCUCACCAUACUCACAGAGCGGGGCUGAUCAUCAUAAACGCAACUAUGAAUUUGCAAAGCGUUUCUUGCACGCUUGGUAUAUUUUUACAAUGAAAAUUUUAACUUGGCUUUUCUAUUUGAUCUACGAUAUCGUUGUAUUGGGCUGCAGUAUACUGUAUGAGCACUUGCUAAUUAAUUACGAAUCUGGGCGAUUAUAUAUACAACAAUUGCACAGAGAAUUAAAACAAAAUUCGAAUAAACCAAGCAUAUGGAUUAAGAACAGAUAUCGGAGAUUUGAUGCACGCUUUAGCAAGACAUCAAAAUGGGCAUUUUGGCGCCGUCUUUAUAAAAAGAAACCACCAGAAUCCUUAAAUGAAACAUUUAAAGAUGGCCGCUUACCUCAAACAGGUGAAGAAGCCAUGUAUUCUUUGCUGAAUUGCAAAGGGAAGGAUGCUUAUAGUAUAUUAGGAGUUCCACCGAAUUGCUCUCAGGAGCAAAUACGUAAGCAUUAUAAAAAAAUUGCAGUUUUGGUGCAUCCUGAUAAAAAUAAACAACCUGGCGCUGAAGAAGCUUUUAAGGUUUUACAACGGGCAUUUGAAUUGAUUGGAGAACCGGAAAAUCGAUUGGCUUAUGAUCAAAGUUUGGCGGAGGCAUUGCAUGCGGAAAAAGCUUGGACGGAAUUGCAUGAUCUAUUGUCUCAGCUGCAAACAAAAAUAACGGAAGCUGCCAACACCAUUAGAUGUAGCACAUGCGGUCUGCGUCAUCCACGUAAGUUAGCUGAUCGCCCGCAUUAUGCCGCUCGCGAAUGUGCUUCUUGUAAGAUAAAGCAUUCCGCCAGGGAAGGAGAUAUCUGGGCGGAGACUAGUAUGAUGGGCCUACGUUGGAAGUAUUUAGCUUUAAUGGAAGGAAAAGUCUACGAUAUAACUGAAUGGGCCAAUUGUCAGAAGGGAGCUCUCGCUCAUUUGGAACCAAAUUCUCAUAUGGUACAAUAUCGCAUUGUUAGAGGAGCCCAACAACAACAACAACAACAACAACAACAGCAGCAGCAGCAGCAACGUCAACAACAUAAACAACAACAGGCUCAUCAUCAUCAUCAUCAUCAUCAAUACGCAAGAUCCACAAAUCAAAAUUAUGCAUUAGGUAGCGGCGGAAGUUCAACAUCUGGAACGGGAAAAUUCAAGUGCGAUAAUAUGCCAUCCAGUGAAGCGUCUUUACACGAGUUCCUUGACAAUCUGUACAGCGGUCAGCAUCCACAUCAUCAACCAAGUAAUAACACUACUCAUGCCACUUCUACUCGCAGACGUAAUCGCCGUAAUUGACUUCUACGAUACCUAACGCAAAUUAAGAUUAUCUUUUGGAAUUUGUUUAUUCCUAAAUAUGUCGAAACUACUAAAAGAUACUUUUAUUUAACGCCCUAAUUUUCUUUGUUUUUUUUUUUUUUUUUUUUU